UCGUGAAUCAUUCGAAUUCCUGAGCAUCGCCGCUGCUCCUUUGAUUAGCGAGAGAGAGAGAGGACUACACAUUGGUGCUGCUAGAGAGAGACGGAGAACUGCACAUUGGUGCUGGAGAGAGGGAGCUGCGUAUUGGUGUUGCUUCCUUGGAUCCUAAAGAGAGAGUGUAUUUGAGAGAGGAUGGGAGGAAAAGGGAGGAGGAGGAGAGAGAAAAACUUCAAAGCAGCACAUGGCCUGCUUCACACGCGGCUCCCGCCCGCCCCUAAACCAAAUGACUUGGAAGCACUGCCCUUUAAACUCCGUAAACUAAUAGAGCUAAAGAACUCUGCAACUAUUAAAGGAUCUUUUAAGAAUUCUGACAUUAUUGACCAGCGAACAAAGAAAGAAAACCUUGGUGAUAAACAAAAUGUCAACAAAAAGAGGCCAUGUGAUUCUGCCACUAUUGAACCAAAAGAGAAAGGCAAUAGUAAGGAUGCAUCACCACCUUCAUCAUUACAUGACAAGGGAGAGACUAGGCAAGAUAAUGAAAUGGACAGCAAAAAUUCAAAGAGAAAAAAGAAGAGAGUUGUUGACCAUAGAUUUGAUGCCACUGCUAAAGAUCUGCUUAUGAUUGGCUCAAAGAGGCGAGAGCGUAGGAAAAAGUACUUGGAAGAAAAGAAUAAGAAACUCAUAAAGACCAAGAUCAGUGAAGAAUUGGACUUCCCCAAGCAUGAAGAGAUCAAGUUUGGGGAAGUUGUUGAAGCCCCUCCUAAAUUAAACUUUCCAAAAAAACUUUUGGUGACGAAGACACCCCAAGAUGUUUCAAGGGAGAGAAUUCGACUUCAGACUGUUGAGUCAUAUAGGAAUAGGAAAGGAUGGUCCUCAAGGCCUGGAACCCAUAUCCCACCCAUGCCUACUAUGAUUAGUCCAUCUUAAGGCAGUAAAUUUGAAUGGUGACUCUGGCUGGAAAACCCCACUUUUGAGCCCCCUUUCAGGCCGGAAAUCCUCAGCAUCUUCGCCCCAUAUAUAUGUCAUCCUCCCCAUUGCAUAGGGCAGAUAAUUAAUCCCAUCACCUUUCUCAGUCUAUGGCCGUCUGGUAGAACAUCAUCUGCUACACGGUUAUUGUUUCGGCUAAUUUGCAGGCAUUUUGGCGAAAUACACCAGUGCUAAAGACCCUUAAACACUUUGGUGGAGAACUCAUAGCUAACGAGCUUUCUUUGAUGCUGCCAUUUGUCACCAUCGACGGCGAAGAUCCCAUCUCCGAAGAGAUCGUACGCUAUGUUGUAGCUGUAUUGUCCCUGAUAUUUUAGUGAUCAAAAGCACUCAUUUUGAGUUUAAAUGAGUUCAGAGCUCAAGUAUUGGUAUACAAUGUCGAGAGGUUCAAAGAUUUCUGUUAAUAAAGGUGCUGUUAAGGAAACAGUUACCCAUCAACUGUUUUAUUCAGUAAGUUAAGGAAAAUUGGUUGAGAGAGA